UAUGUCAGGACGAGGCUGUCGUUACGUGCGCUUAACCGCAGCUUUGCAGUCCAUUGUCUAGUCUGGGAAGUUUGGGAAUCGCAGAAACAUUUACACUGUCUGUUUCCUACAUUUCCUCUUCCCUGCCAUCCAGGUGGCAUGAACAGACUAACAGGGGCUUGUCUUAACUGCCAUCGAAAAGAACAUAUUUUCAAGUGCUAGACAGAUAACUUAUGUCAUGGGCAGGCAGGAUGAUGUUGUGAUAUAGGGCCAGAUCCUGAAGAAUAAUAAACACUGCAUGAGGUGCUGUGUCCUUUGUAUUUCUUCUUAAGAAAAGGUGUGGUCUAGUAAUAGUUACUGAGUAUUUGCAUGUGGCGCUGCAGUGGUGCCUGAUGUCUAUGAAUACAUUGAAACAGCUGUAUUUAUGACACAUCCUCUUUGAAAGAGGGGAAGAACGUAAAACUGGCCAGAUUCUUUAAGAGAGUUUUGCUGUUAUCUUUAAGACCCUGGGAGGGAAGCAUUUGAGGGGUAGGGAAGGUGCUCAUUUCAAGCAUGCUAUAACCCCCUGAAGCCACAUUGUUGGGCCACUGAGAGCUGUACUGCUGGCAUGAGCAUGAACAGUUGCUUCAGCUGGACUCUGAUGGCUGUCGUGUAGGCUCUGGGUCCAUAAACACUAGAGUUGUUAAGCUUUUGUGCAGCUGUGCAGCUGCCCAAGGAAGAGGUGGUAGGCCCGUGGAAGUAGCCCACAAGUGUAUUCAGGUUUCUGGUCAUUGCUUGGACCAUACUGCUAAGGAAACAUAUGUCAACACUGCACUACUGUGUCCAGCUCGGCUUCCCAGUACAAGAAAGACAACGUCACACUGGAGCAAGUCCAGUGAAGGGCCACAAAGGUGAUUAAGGGUGUCUGACAUAUGAGGCAAGGCUGAGAGAGCUGGGACUCUUCAGCCUGGAGAAGAGGAAGAUGUCCUGUAACAUGGCGGGUGAAGAGGACCUCUUUUUGGAAGAAAAAAGAUACAAGCACUACUGUGAAGAAUUUAUUAAACAUUCACAGCAGAUAGGAGAUGGUUGGGAGUGGAGAACUAGCAAGGACCUUGGUGAUGGUUAUCUUAGUAAAACACAGUUCCAAGUAAGAAAUGGAAAUGUCCCACCAGAUCUGAAGGAGAAAAACAAUGAUAACAUUGAACAAACGUUAUUUACACAUGUUGAAGAGUCUUUGGAUGAUAUUCAAGAAGCUGGAGUUUGUGCGACAGAAGUGAUUCGCUAUGAAUAUCAUGUCUUGUACUCCAGCAGCUACCGAGUACCUGUGCUUUAUUUUAGGGCAUGCUUUUUAGAUGGAAGACCUUUAACUCUGGAUGAAAUAUGGAAAAGUGUUCAUGCAUGCUACCAGGCUCGUCUGCUGGAGGGGCCCUGGGACACUAUUACACAGCAGGAGCACCCCUUACUUGGGCAGCCAUUUUUUGUUCUGCACCCUUGCCGGACUAGUGAAUUCAUGUCUUCAGUACUGACCAGUUCACGGAAACACGACAGACAGACAAAUUACAUUAUAUUGUGGCUCAGUACUGUAGGCCCAGUUGUGGGUCUAAAUCUGCCCCUGAGUUAUGCAAAACUAGCACCUGAGCAGAAUACAAACGCUGAUUGAGUUGAAAGACCUCUGAGCUGAAGAACAGAUGAUGGUUAGCUGUAGUAAAGCUACUGCAGACUUUCCUAGGGAUGAAAUCAAACAAAGGAAUCCUUCCCGACUGGUAAGCAAUGCUGUGUGGAAAGAUGACUGUUCAUGGCUCUUUCUCUGGCAAGAACUUGCUUAGUUAUAGCAGAAGACCUAAGAGUUGGCUGAAGUUGUGACAACAACUCUCAAGCACCACCAAGACCUGAACUCCCUUGUGACUGCAUUGACCCCCUGAAGUCACUUAUCUCCUACCUCCGUUUUA